AAGCGCUGAAUAUAGUAAAUCCGCUAGAUGGUGUUAGUGAGCAUGUAUGAUUCCUACCACCACUAAAUUGCAUCUGAAGAAGUCGACUUUUUCUAAAUCAAUAGCAAGAUGGCGGCCACCAUGAAGAAGACAGUUGCAGUUGAAGAUGUCAAUGUCACAUUUGAGGACCAGAAGAAGAUCAAUACAUUUGCAAGAAACACGAAUCGAAUGACAGAAUUCAAAGAUGAAAUAGAGGCAAAAAAGAAAUCUCUACAGAAUCUGCAGGAUGCCAGUGAUGACCUGAUGAUGGCUGAGGAUGACACUCUGCUCGUCCCGUAUCAGAUUGGCGACGUCUUCAUCAGUCACACCCAGGAAGAGACCCAAGAGAUGUUGGAAGCUGCAAAGGAACAACUGCAGCAGGAGAUCAAAGACCUAGAAGGGAAGGUGUCGGCAAUACAGCAGGUGUUAGGUGAUCUGAAGGUCCAGCUUUAUGCCAAGUUUGGGAACAACAUCAACCUGGAGGCAGAUGAAAGCUGAGUGCUUUCUGAUGUGUAGACUUUAGCCGUAGAUCUGUUUUUUUUGCUGUUUAGCGUGACACUGAAUCAAUUAUUAUGAUUGUAGGAGUUGGCAAGAUGCCACAAACAGUACUGGGAUCAGGCUAAGAGGGCAACUCUCUUUACACAUGGACUUUUCAUGCAGCUCACAUAUUAUCAAAUCCACACAGUGCCGACAGGAUGCUUGCCAAACCAACAUGUUUGUCCUUUUCUCAAUAUCAACAUGAUUUUUCUCAGCAAUGGUUUACAAUGGUGUAUUGUCUUAUUUUGUAUGAAUGUCGGUGAAUGUAUCCCAUUUUACUUUGUGAAGACUCUUUUUAUUUAUCCCCCCCUUGUCACUGAUAACUUUAGCAUUUGUACAAAUUAGCAACUUUUUAGCUACGUUGCAACUACUUAGCAUGUUAGCUAAGCCUUUUAGCUAACCCUUUAACCUAACUCCUAAUCCUAACCCAGCUAGCGUUAGCCAGCUAUCUAACGUUAGCCACAACAAAUUCGAAUUUGUAAAAUUGCAGAUUCUUUACAUAUCAUACAAAAUGGAUGGACAUCCAUUAAUUAAUAAAUACCAUAUGGAAUGUAACAUA